UUACAAUGAGUGCACUCCGUACGGCGACGUUUAUAAUCGUCCCUGUACUCAUUGCCCUGCUGGCGAUGUUUUUUUAUAUCCAUCCCGAUCCCUUCCCCUCAACGUGGCCAGUUCUGUUACGCCAGCUCUUCGUGACGUUUCCUCUUCUUAACUUCUGGCACUAUCAUGAUUUCACUGAGGAUGAUAUUCCCGAUGAUUUAUCGGGUAAAGUGGUGCUUAUUACAGGAGCCUCGAGUGGUAUUGGUUAUGAGUCUGCCAGGAUACUUGCCUCUCGUGGUGCUAAAGUGGUUCUGGGUAUUCGAGGUGAUCGAGAGAGGUUGGAUAGAAUAACCUCCUCCCUGCUACAACUACCAGGUCUGGUCUUGGCCCCGGCACCCUUGGACCUAUCCAAUUACGACACUAUCAGGACUUUUGUGCGUUCACUACCCAAUGCUGGUAUUGAUCAUUUCGAUAUCGUCAUGUUGAAUGCUGGUAGACUAAUUCCGGAGUACAACACCGACUACCUGGGCAUAGAGUCGGCGCUCGCCGUUCAUCACAUCGGACACGCCUACCUUUUCGAGUUGCUCACCCCGAUGCUACUGAAGAGCUCUGGUGAGAUUCGGGUUGUUAUCACCUCCAGUGUGGCUCACAUUUGGUCAUUUCCUGAGGGGAUACGCUAUGAUAUUCUGCAAGCUGAUUUUUCUUCGCCAUUUGUUGCCUACGCCAACAGCAAGUUAGCGAAUCUUCUAUACACUAGGGAACUAUCUAUCCACCUUGAGGAGUCUUAUCCCGGGAAGUUCGUGGUGAAUGCCGCACAUCCAGGUCUUGUUCUAUCCGCAUCUACGGCUGAUGGACCUCCUAGAUUCUUGAUGUACAGCACUGUUAUGGGCGCUCUCGCGAUUUUGAAGCCAGCCGUUGGUCAUGGUGUGCGAGGAGACGGAUACUAUCUCCCAGUAGGAUACCGUGGUGAUUGGCAGAAGGACUCGGCCUACUGGUGGACGUGUAACGAUACUAUGAGGAAGGAGUUUUGGAAUUGGACAGAAGCUAUAUUGAAGAAGGUCCAUGGUGAUAGAGAGAUGCCAAGGGGCUCACUCAUGCUGGGACAAUAAAUUCGUACUCGGCACGGAUGGCUCUUCUCGGCAGCGGAGGAGCUUCU